GUGUACGUGGAAGAAGUCAACAAAAAAAAAAAAAUAAACUAAGUUAAUUAACGCCACAAACAGCAAGCAAUGGAGAACCUCAACUAGAGACGGCAGAGCAGCCAAGUGCAUAGUGCAUAUAUAUUUUUUAUAGAAAAUCCCCCCAGCCAGCAGGCAGCGCAUCGACCCAGAUAAAUGUGCCCCUGAGUCAGUUGUGCCAGAGCAGAGCUGAUAAAACCGUCGAAGUCCACAACAAACCAACGGAAUCGAUCCAAGUGCGGUCGAUUAAUAAUUGAUAAUGGCACCGACACGCAGACCCAGCGAUGGCCUGCUGGCCCGCGUCAAUUUCCCCCUGUAUGCCGUGGACAUGCUGACCAGUCGCCACAUUUUGGUGGCCGGCGGUGGAGGUUCCAGCAAGACGGGCGUUGCAAAUGGCUUUGAAAUCUACGAGUUGUACCACAAUGGCAGUCACUUUUGUGCGGAGGAAGUGCUGCGCCAUGAGACGGGCGCCAAUGUGGUGAUGAAUUUCGCGGUGCGCAACAAUGGACGGAGGGGAUAUCUCUGUGCCGGACAGGAGGCCCAUUGCCAGAUGUACUUUGUCCAGCCGCGCAUCGAAACGGAGGAGGAUGGCGACAAUAAACCCAAUCCCGUGGAGCGGCCCCAUGAGAACGGGAAUGUGAGGCAGCGCGGUGGCGGUGGCGGUGGAGCUGGAGCCGCACAUUCGGGUGUGGAAUUCAUAGCCAAUGGCCAUAAGCCACCUACCACGGCCGAUGACCUACUUAAGCAGUUCCAGCGCCUACGCUUCGACAUCCAGGCGGCGGAUGUGGUGCAAACGGACUUCCUCAAGAGCUCGGAGCCACUGCAGCGCGUGGUGCGAAUCAGUGGCAAUGGCAGGCUAAUGGCCACCGGCGGCACCGACGGCAAGCUGCGCAUCUGGUCGUUUCCACAGAUGCAACUGGGUGCCGAGCUGCCGGCGCAUAGCAAGGAAAUCGAUGAUCUGGACUUUAGUCCCGACAGCAAAUACAUUGCGAGCAUUUCCAAGGAUUCGCAGGGACUGGUGUGGGACCUGAGCACGGGCAAACUGCAGCACAAGCUGCAAUGGCAGACGCCCGAGGGUUCCAAGUAUCUCUUCAAGCGUUGUCGCUACGGCACCGUGGAGGCGCGCAAGGACAACUAUCGUUUGUUCACCAUUACCAAUCCCCUGGGUAAGGUCGGCAAACAGCGGGGCUAUCUGCAGCACUGGGACUGUGCCAGCGGCAAGCUGCGCCAGGCGGUGGCCAUCGAUGAGAGCUUGUCCUCGCUGGCAGUGCGCGACGACGGUAGAUUUGUGGCUGUGGGAACCAUGUUCUCGGGCAGCGUAUCCAUGUACAUAGCAUUUAGUCUGCAGCGCGUUCUGCACAUUCCUCAUGCUCACUCCAUGUUCGUGACGGGCCUGCAAUUUUUGCCCAUAACCAAUGAGGAGGGUCCGCCCAUCUCGAGCGAUACAGAGGCGGCCGUGCUGUCCAUCUCUGUGGACAAUAAAGUCUGCAUUCAUAGUCUGGCCCAAAGGCGCACUAUUCCCGUUUGGUUGGCCAUUGCCUUUAUGAUUGUCAUGAUAUUCGCCGUGUUUGUGCUUUGCUCCUACAUUGGCAUCUGAUGGGUGGGGAUGAUGUCGCUCCAACGGGCGACAAGUUAAAUCAAUUUGCAUUAUUAGUUUGUAAAACAAGGUUUAGUUCUUUUGUAAUAGGCCACAAGACCCACACCUCCCCCAAUCCAUAACCAUGCCCCUCUCUCGUUAACUAAUUUAAGUGUAUAGUUUUUUGUGCCCGCUGCCUUAUCUCUCCCACACGAAUUGCAAUUCGUUUUGCUUAAAUGUAUCAUAAUUUGCCUUAUCUCUCUCUCUCUCUCUCACUCCUAUCCUCCCCCCCCCUCUCGCCCAUUUGGCAGCUCUGCCAUAUUUGUAAAUGAUUGUUUUGAUUAUAAUAUUAAUUGGUGUUUAAUUAUAUGAAUCGCGUUCGAAAGCGUAUCAAACAGGUGAAUGAAUGAACCUGGGACUGGUGCCUCAACUGCCAGUUCCAGCAGUCAAAUUACAACAACAACAACAAAACAAAAAACUCAUGUAAACUCAUUUUUUAUAUAAUCGAAAUGUUUGUUAACCGAAUACAGAUGUGGGGGUACAGAUGCCCCCCACACACAUUCUACCGAA